AUGGCCGGACCAGGCGAUGUGACAUUCCCGGGGCCCCUCUUGGGCGCCGAGGCGCACCGGCCCCCACCGGCCCUCGGAGUCGCUAAGGAGCUGUCACAACACAUUAGCAGCUGGCUGCAGUCGCCCUCUGGCACUUCCUCGCGGUGCGGACCGCCGGUUCGAGCCGGGGUCGCCCACGGUGCCUACUGCUCGCCUAAUGAGGCUGGCAGCUUGUUUAUGCGGUGCCGUCUUGUGAGGAGUCAGAGCCCGGAAUGUUCCCUGGGCCGGGAUCACGGCACCUCCAUUCCUGACCUCUUGAAUUUCCCCGAUUUCCCAGGCGACGGACUGGACAACGUGGCGUCGCCGAGCACAGGGGACGACGACGACCCCGACAAGGAGAAGAAGCGCAACAAAAAGCGGGGGAUCUUCCCCAAAGUCGCCACGAACAUCAUGAGGGCUUGGCUCUUCCAGCACCUGACGCAUCCGUACCCCUCGGAAGAACAGAAGAAGCAGUUGGCACAGGACACGGGACUCACUAUACUACAAGUGAACAACUGGUUCAUUAAUGCACGACGGAGAAUAGUACAGCCCAUGAUCGACCAGUCCAACCGAGCAGUCAGUCAGGGCGCGCCCUACAACCCCGACGGGCAGCCAAUGGGAGGCUUCGUCAUGGACGGCCAGCAGCACAUGGGCAUCAGACCGCCUGGGCCCAUGAGCGGAAUGGGUAUGAACAUGGGAAUGGAGGGACAGUGGCACUACAUGUAACCGUCAUGCUAAGCCCCCACAAGCCAGGGGGAUGGCAGCAGGGCAUGCCAGGGAACGGUGUCUGACGGGCAUCUGUACGGGCAAGAUGAACUACACCCCCUCUCUGAGACGCCCCCCCCUUCCCCCGCGCUCUGCCCUUCUGUGGCACACGCCGUCCUGGGACAUGCCCGCCACCACCAUGUCACCCCCCUGAUGUCAAUGCACGGAGGACUGACCCACUCUGCCAUGCCCACCACU